AAAAAAUUCUCGCUUUGGUAUCAUCGAUAUACCGCACUGGCUUCUUCUCCUCACGCGGAUUCCAUCAAUAGACACGCAGUUCACGCACUCACUACACUGUUUUACACCAUACCAACAAACCCUCACUGUUCUGAAGAUACUAAUAUUCUUCCCUCUGUUCGUUUUCCAGUCUUCUCUGAGUGCAGUGAUAACAAUGGCAUCGUCGUUUCGACCAGCUACGGCAGCGUGCGUGACGGAGAAUAGACAGAAAUCCAAUUAUUCACCAGUUUGCCGUUGCCAUUUAUUCCAUGGAUCACGCCCUAAUAAGGUCUCAUUUCGGCUCUCUUCCAAGCCCAAGCUCCGGUUUUCCUCCAAGGGUUUGCAGUCUGAUUGGAAGUGUUUCUGUUUGGUGAGAGCUAAAUUAAAUGAGGUUGCUGUCAAUGGAAACUCAAAUGCUGCAGCAAGUACUCCUGCGAAAGCAGAAGUAUCACCAGAAGCCAAAGAUGCCAAUCCAUCAACUGACCCUCCCGCUUUGGCCUCAGAAGAAUCGAUAUCCGAGUUUAUUACUCAAGUUGCUAGUCUUGUAAAGCUAGUAGAUUCUAAGGAUAUUGUGGAACUCCAAACAAAACAGCUUGACUGUGAACUUUAUAUAUGUAAAAAGGAGGCGUUGCCUCCACCUCCUACGUCUGCUACAAUGAUGCAAUCACACUCUCAGUCUGCUGUACUGCCGUCACUCCCUGCACCUUCUCCAGCACCAAUUCCAGCAUCCUCUCCUGCACCAACCCCAGGCCGUUCUGCACCUGAAGUGAAGAAAUCAAGUUCAUUUCUUUCCCCACUUAAAUGCCCCAUGGCAGGCACAUUCUACAGAAGUCCGGCACCUGGUGAACCACCAUUCAUGAAGGUUGGGGACAAAGUGCAGAAAGGACAAGUUGUGUGCAUCAUCGAGGCCAUGAAAUUGAUGAAUGAAAUCGAAGCUGAUCAGUCGGGAACAAUUGUGGAGAUAUUUGUAGAAGAUGGCAAGCCUGUCAGUGUUGACACUCCUCUGUUUUUGAUUGAACCAUAGAGCGGGCAGAGUUAAAAGCGCAGUACUAGGGAAUAAGAUGUUCAGUCUUAUAAUUAAGGGGGCAGUACUAAGGAAUAAGAUGGCCAGUCUUAUAAUUAAGGGGGGUCGCGGCAUGCUUUUUAAUCCCAGGGGACGUGUUCUGCUGGGAAUGAGAUUAUAGUUAAAAUUGGAAAUGAAGGUCUCCAAUAAAUUCCUUUCUUUACUUGUAUUAGAAUUUGUUGAAAUAUUUCUUUUGCUACAAUGUAUACUAAUUCAUUUCAUUAAGUUGGAUAGAGUUUUGGAAUGCAGAGGAAAAA